AUGGAUCCAACCCACAUUGGUCAGAUUCCAUCAUCUUCCUAUUAUCAUGAAAACAAUGGAGAAAUGAAGAAAAAGAAAUUUCAUAAACAUCGCCAUUCACAUGGUGCUAAUGCUCCACCAUCUAAUGUUUCUACUCAUCAUUGGAAAGAUAUGCUUAAUAUGUCAGUAUUUGCUUCCAAUUUAAAUAAUGAAUCUAAUAAAAAUAAUAAUGAUAUAGAUGAUGAAGAUUUAGGUUAUGAUAUAAGUAAAAUAUUUAAAAAAAGAGAAUGUAAAAAUUAUGUUAGAAGUAUGAAAGAAUCACAAAGAUGUGGUUGUGGAAGAUUAGAAAAUGAGCAUUCAAUGGCAGCAAUUAUUAAUAGAAGAAUACCAUAUUCAGAUACAGAAGGAGAAAAUAGACAUGAUAACAAAGAUGAAGAAUGGACAAAAAAAGAUACAAUAAGAAGUAAUGAAAGAUGGUCUAUAAAAAAUGAUACUGUACUUUUAUCUACAGAUGCUUAUGGAACAAUUGAAUUUCAAGGUGGUCCUCGUCCAAUAAAAGCACAAUAUGUUAGAUUAUCUUUUGAUACUGAAUGUUCCUCAAUUAUUCAUCUUCUUCAAAAUAUUUGGCAAAUUCCACCACCAAAAUUGAUAAUUUCUAUUCAUGGAGGAACAGGAAAUUUUAAUUUACAAUCAAAAUUAAGUAGACUUUUUAGAAAUGGACUUGUUAAAUCAGCCUCAACAACUGGUGCUUGGAUAAUAACAUCAGGAGUUGAAAAUGGUUUAACAAGACAAGUUGCUGCAGCAAUUGAAAAUGCUCAAAAUUCUAUAAGAAAUAAGACAAAAAUUAUUUCAAUAGGUAUUGCUCCAUGGGGAUUAUUAAAAAGAAGAGAAGAUUUUAUUGGACAAGAUAAUACAGUUUUAUAUAGAAAAAUGGGAAGUAAUGUUAAAAGUCGUUUUAUAACACUUAAUAAUAGACAUAGUUAUUUUUUAUUUACUGAUAAUGGUACAAUUGGUAAACAUGGUUCAGAAGUUAUAUUAAGAAGAAGACUUGAAAUGUAUAUUAAUGAAAAACAAACAAUUGUUAGUGGAGGAAGAACUGUUCCAGUAGUUUGUGUUAUGAUUGAAGGUGGAACAUAUUCUAUUAAAACAGCUUUACAAUAUGUUACUUCAUUUCCAAAAACACCUGUAGUUGUAUGUGAUGGUUCAGGAAGAGCUUCUGAUCUUAUUGCUCUUACACAUCAAUAUAUACAAGAUGAUAAUACAUUACCAGAUAGUUUAAGAAAACAAUUAUUAUCAUUAAUUGAAUCUAUAUUUCAACAAACUAAAGAAGAUGCUGAACAUUUAAUGAAUGAUUUAAUAAAUUGUGUUUCUCAAAAAAGAAUGGUUACAAUUUUUAAAAAUAGUGGUGAAAAUAGAAGAGAUCUUGAUCAUGCAAUAUUAACAGCAUUACUUAAAGGAUAUAAUUUAACACCACCAGAACAAUUAUCAUUAGCUUUAGCAUGGAAUAGAGUUGAUAUUGCAAGAAGUGAAAUAUUUAUACAUGGUAUUGAAUGGAAUCCAAAUGAUCUUCAUAAUAUUAUGAUGGAAGCAUUAGUUUCUAAUCGUGUAGAUUUUGUAAGACUUCUCCUAGAAAAUGGUGUUGAUAUGCAAACUUUUUUAACAAUAGGAAGAUUAGAAGAUUUAUAUAAUACUGAUAAAGGUCCAACAAAUACAUUAUUUUAUAUUGUUAGAGAUGUAACUAAAAUUAAACAUGGUUAUACAUAUAAAUUACCACAUAUAGGUUUAGCUAUGGAAAAAUUAAUUGGUAAUGGUUUUAAAAGUUAUUAUACAAGUGAAGAAUUUAUUAAAAAAUAUAAUAAAUAUAAAAAUACACAAAAAUUAAAUAAUAAUAAAAAAAAAUAUUCUGAUAAUUUAGCUUCUGUAAUUUUUCCAUUUGCUAUGAUGAAAAAACAUGAUUCAUCAAAUAAUACUAGUAGUGGACAUUGGAAAAAUGAAAUAAAACCAAGUAUAGCUCAAAAUUUUCAAAAAAAAGUAAGAUCAGUUUUUAUUAAUGUUAAUGAUGAAGAUGAAAUAGAAAAACCACAAAAAAAAAAUUCAUCUUCAAAUAUUUCUAGUAUUCAUCAAUUUAAGGAUGAUUCACCAAAUUUUCGUUAUCCAUUUAGUGAACUUAUGGUUUGGGCUGUCUUAACAAAAAGACAUGAAAUGGCACGUUGUAUGUGGGAACAUGGUGAAGAAUCAAUGGCUAAAGCAUUAGUAGCAUGUUGUUUAAAUAAAAAUUUAGCCAAAGAAGCUAGAGAAGAUUAUCUUGAUAUUGAAAUUAGUGAUGAUUUAAAAAGAAAUGCUGAUGAAUUUAAACAAUUAUCUCUUGAUCUUCUUGAUUGUUGUUAUCGACAAGAUGAUGAUAAAACAUUACAAUUAUUAACAUAUGAAUUAAAAUAUUGGGGAAAUGAGACAAAUCUUUCAUUAGCUGUUGUAGCUAAUAAUAAACAAUUUAUAGCUCAUCCCUGUUGUCAGAUGCUUUUAGCUGAUCUUUGGCAUGGUGGUAUGAGAAUAAGAAGUAAUCCAAAUUUGAAAGUUAUUAUAGGUAUCCUAUUUUUUCCAAGUAUCUUUACUAUAGAAUUUAAAAGUAAAGAAGAGUUGAUGCUUCAACCACAGACAGCUGCUGAACACGAAAAUGAUCUUUAUGACACUUCAUCAUCUGAAGAAGAGAAUACUACUAGUGAAUCAGAAGGUAACUCUACUUCUGAUUCUGAAAUUGAUAAUGAACUUUUUAGAACAAAAAGUUUUUUUGGUUCUACACAAUCAUUACAUUUUUCAUCAAUUUUUCAAGGUAAAUUAAGACGUUCAAGAAAAGAUACAAAUAGACAUAGAAGACAAUCUAUAACUUCCAUUUCUUCAAAUUCUAAAAAUACUAACUUAAAUAAAAUGAAAAUAUUAGAUGAUUCAAUUACCUCAAUAGAUGAAAGUGUUAAACUAAAAGAAACUACCAAUAGAAGAAGGAUGUCUUCUACUUGUAAAGAAAUUCUUGAUAUAUCAAAAUUAACGACAACUGAAACACAAGAACGUAGAGGUUCUAUUCAAAGAAAUCGUAGUGGUACAACAUCAAGUAUAAAAAAAAUUAAUUCAAUUGAGACAACAGCAAAACCAACAGUACGAUUAAAAUCUAAACAAAUAAAAGCAAAAAGAAAAAUUUAUGAAUUUUUCUUUGCUCCAAUAACUACCUUCUGGACAUGGUUUUUAUCAUUUUUUAUUUUUAUGGCAGCUAAUACAUAUGUACUUUUAGUUAGGACUCCUAAAAAUCCAACAAUAUUAGAAUGGAUUUUGUUUAUUUAUGUUAUAUCAUAUGGUUUAGAAGAAUUAAGAAAACUUUUUAUGUCAGAACCUACAAGAAUAAGAAAAAAAUUAACUUUUUUCUUUUCUAAUACAUGGAAUUGGCUUUCAACAAUAGGUGUAGUAGGAUAUAUUAUAGGAUUCAUUGUUCGUUUAGCAUCCCCUCCAACAGGACGUGUUAUUUUAGCUGUUGAUUAUAGUGUAUGGUGUCUUAAAAUACUAGAUUAUUUAACGGUUCACCCAACAUUUGGUCCAUACAUAACAAUGGUAGGUAAAAUGACAAAUGCUAUGAAAUACCAUAUAACAUUACUUUUUAUAUCAUUAUUAUCUUUUGGCACAGCACGCCAAUCAAUUUUAGUUAAUGAUCAAGAAUGGAACUGGGAAUUAUUAAGAAAUAUCUUUUAUAAACCAUAUUUUAUGUUAUAUGGAGAAGUUUAUGCUGGAGAGAUUGAUCUAUGUACUGAUGAAGGAACAAAUUGUGUACCAGGAAAUUUUAUACCCCCUAUAAUGAUGACUAUCUUUCUUUUAAUAGCAAAUCUUCUUCUUAUUAGUAUGUUAAUGGCAACAUUUAAUCAUAUAUUUGAUGAAGUUAAUUUAUUUGCUAAAAAUUAUUGGCUUUUUCAAAGAUAUCAUCAAGUAAUGAAAUAUGAAUCAACACCAGUACUUCCACCACCAUUAACAUUUAUAUACCACGUAUAUUGGAUUGGUAAAUAUAUGUUUUAUCAAAAUACAUUUAAUAUUUGGAAAUUAUUAAAAAAAUUAAAUAUCAUAACAGAUAAAACAAUUAAAAAUUCACAUCUUUUUGAUUGUUCAUUAAAACUUUUUUUAACAUUAUCACAGGUAGAAAAAUUACAUGAUUUUGAAGAAGAAAGUAUGGAAGUCUUAACAUUUCAACAAGAACAUCUAAAAAAGACAGCUGUUGAAUCAAAAAUUAAAAAUACAUCUGACAAUACUGAGACAAUAUUAAGAAAAAUGGCAGAUAUUAAUAGGAGUGAAGGAAAAUUAAAAGAAACAGUAACUGUAAUUGAGAAACGUUUAUUAGAUGUUGAAAAUAAUCAGGAUAAAUUAUUAAACAAUUUACAAGAUAUUAUAAAUAUUUUACCAAAUACAUUAUCUCAAAAUAAAGAAACUUCUAAAAUAAAUUUAUAUUCAACUAAAACUACUAGUGAUAAUAAUUCUUUAAUUUUUGAUAACACUAAUUUAAUUGGAAUAUCACCAAAUAAUAAUAAACAAAUUGAAAGAGAAAAAAAAUAUACUUCUAUGACAAGUACAAUUAAUGUUAAAAAUUAUUUAAAUACAGGAGGUGAAGAAGAAACAGAUGUACCUGAUGUAUAUACAGAAGAUGACAAAUAUGAGUUAGAUUAUGAAGAAUAUUCAAACUAA